CAGACUAGCUAAAGUAUCAUGUCCUCAAAUUCAUUCAUGUCGCCAUAACGUAACAGUGUAUCACAAUGUGUUUGAGAAGAUAACUGGACGCUUGGACGGGAAACACAAGGCGGGGGAGUCGACAGUGAAACGAAGCCUGUUAAAUUCAGUUAUAUAGAGGCACAUACGUUGGGUUACUCUACUUAUUUAUUAUCCUACCUUAGCUUUUAUUUUUAUUUUUUUUAUCAGCCUUUUAAAUGGCUCCGCUUGACCAGCUAAGCCUAUUUUAGACUAGGGGAAGGGCGUGUAACGCUAACGGAUACCGGGGCCAGUUUGUAGUUUUGCACCAGGUCUUGUCUAUCUGCGUUACCGCCCCGUUUUCUCUCUCUCUUGUAGUAACGUUAAGAGCAAGGAGAAGGCUAGAGAUUUUUUUUAAAGUGUCUUGCGAGGAAUAUCGCAACAACCUUCUUUCACCAUGGGGAAUACGACCUCUUGCUGCGUGUCGUCGAGCCCCAAACACCGGAGGAACAACCACUCCAGGCUGGAGCCCUAUCGGCCAGAGCCUGAGCUGAGCCGGGAGGACACAGGCUGCAACCUCCAGCACAUCAGCGACAGAGAAAAUAUAGACGAUCUGCCCAUGGAGUACAAUCCCUCGGAUCAUCCCCGGGCCAGCACCAUCUUCCUCAGCAAGUCACAGACAGACGUCCGAGAAAAAAGGAAGAGCCUUUACAUCAACCAUUUCACACACAUUUCGGAGAACAAGCAUCAUCUGGGCCCAGUGAGACGGAAAUACAGCUCAUGUUCCACUAUAUUCCUCGAUGACAGCACUGUCAGUCAGCCCAACCUCAAAUACACCAUCAAGUGUGUAUCCCUCGCAAUAUACUACCACAUAAAGAACAGAGAGGUCGACGGAAGAAUGGUGUUAGACAUUUUCGACGAGAAGCUGCAUCCGCUCUCGAAGACUGAGAUUCCUCCUGAUUAUGAAAAACACGAUCCUGAGCAGAAGCAGAUCUAUCGCUUCGUCAGGACGCUGUUCAGCGCCGCGCAGCUCACUGCUGAGUGUGCCAUUGUCACAUUGGUGUAUUUGGAGAGGCUCCUGACCUACGCUGAGAUCGACAUUUGCCCCUCCAACUGGAAGCGUAUCGUGUUGGGAGCAAUCCUCCUGGCAUCCAAGGUCUGGGACGACCAGGCGGUCUGGAACGUCGACUACUGCCAAAUUCUCAAGGAUAUCACUGUGGAGGACAUGAAUGAGCUGGAGCGUCAGUUUCUGGAGCUGCUGCAGUUCAACAUCAACGUGCCGUCCAGCGUCUACGCCAAGUACUACUUUGACCUGCGCUCCAUGGCUGAGGCCAACAACCUCAGCUUCCCCCUGGAACCCCUCAGCAGGGAUAAAGCCCAGAAACUAGAGGCCAUCUCACGGUUGUGUGAAGACACAUACAAGGACUUGAGGAAACUAGCCAAGAAGCGGUCAGUGAGUGCAGACAACCUGACGGUGGUGCGGUGGUGUCCAGCCAUCAUUUCCUAACACUGGCCGCCGGCAGUAGAUAGACCUGUCAGACGUACUGCAUUUCUGCCUGUUAAGCAGGCAGACCAGGUGGGCAGCAGUCCUGUGGAUCAGUGGGUCUGUCUGCCUGAUAAAACAGGAAAAACACACACAAUCUGGCACUUUUUCAAGUGUGAUCGCCCCCUCGUUGGUUGUUGUACAUAAAAGAGGUCCCACUGGCUACCUGCACUGAACCAAACAGAGCUGAGCUGAACCAAACUGAGGUGUGUGUGAGUGAAAGAUGUUGCAAUGAAGACUGCGGAAGAGAAGAAGACGCCAAGUGGAAAUACAGCUGGCCGUAUGAAAGCCUGCUUCAUAUUAAGGAAAGAAAAUAGGAACAAGCUUAAUAAACGUAACGGAACACACACGACAGCGGUAGCAGCAUUAUGAUAUCCCCUCUGAGGCUCAACUGGCUUGAAUGGUUGACUGAGGGAGGCCGUGUACAUUCCUUUAAUUUUAAUCUUCUGGCUCAGUGAGUUUCUUAGCGGAAACAUGAGCUGAUUUUUUUUUUUUUUUUUUGACAGCUUACAGGCACAUUGAACAUUUUCAAUGCUCAAUUCCUCAAUUUGUUUCAGUGUUUUUGUUGAUGUUUCUUUUUUCUGUUCAUGUGCAUUCCCAUCCAGCAGAAACCUCUGCUAGCAGAUCCAAGCAAACGCAAAGAAAAAUACAUGUACAUUCCACUGUUAGCCUGAGUGUACAGUUGACACAUUAGACUGCAUAUUAUAAGCCCUCCCUGAUAAAAUAUUCAUUUACAUUACAGCCAUUUAACUGAAGUUUUCAUUCAGAGAACCAACAAUGAAGCAAGUCAGUGUUUGAGUGUGUUAGACUCGAGGGCGCUUUGACAGGACCUGGGAAUUCACUCUGUCUUCAUUCAGAUUCAGCCGUUCACUUAAAGCAAUAUUCAUGCACCGCUUCCUUGUUGCGAUCAGAUACAAUGAAGCCUGCAUACUUGGGAAAAAAAGACCGAGUGGAAGAUGAGGGUCCACCACUCUCAGUCAGACGUGAGACAUACUGUAGAGCUUAUGUUGUACUUUAUUCACUGCCAUUGUCCUGACCUGUGGUGCCUGUAAUAAGCUAGUUUAACACUUCUUCUCCCCCUCUCUUCAGGAGGAAUAGAACAAAUGACUGAAGUAUUUUUUCCACAACGUUUUGUAUGGUUCUUCCAGCUUACAAAGAAACAGCACAAAUGGAAUAUCAACAUUUACAAGCCACUAAAAAAAGCAUGAUUCUUCAGGGUUGUUUUUGUUGUUGUUGUUGUUGUUCUGGAGAGGACCUAAAUGAAUGGAAAAGCAUUAUGUGAUGAUUCAAAACACUGCUUACGAAAAGAUAGAUUGUAUACAUUUUGCUAAAUUGUCUCUGUAUAGUGUAAAUACAGUGCCAGUGUGCAAAAUGUGUAGACUGAAGUCGUACUGUAAAAAAACCC